UCUUGCUAGUUGAGCUUCAUCAGGACCCCUUUAGGGGUUUCCUCCACAUUCUCCUGUGGCCAAGGAGGAUAUGUCAACACCCUUACAUUCACGGCAAUUCAACAAUAUGCUGAGGGAGGAAAAUGAUCCUCCAAACAGGAGGACAAACUUCUCUGGACCAACGAUAGAAACCAGAGAAGAGGUCCAAAUUCUGCAAUCUCAUGUACAGUCUAUAGUCUCAACUUCAGCAUCAGACCCAGGAGGGAUGUCCACACAGCUAAUGACAUCCCCAGAAUUUGACACCAUGUCCACACCUCUAAUGGGAUUACAAAACUCUGGAGAAUUGUCUUCACCACUAAUGCCAAUCUCAGACUCUGGGGCACUGUCCCCAUUGCUAAUGCCAGCUUCAGAUUCAGAAACACUGUCCCCAUUGCUAAUGCCGAACUCAGACUCUGGGGCACUGUCCCCAUUGCUAAUGCCAACCUCAGAUUCUGGAACAUUGUCCCCACUGCUGUCCACUUCAGAUUAUGGUCUAAUGUCCCCAGGGCUGAUGACAAUUCCUGACUUUGGAACAAUGUCCACAACACUAAUGGAGGCACCAGAUUCUGCAGAGAUGUCACCAUUGGCAAUGCCAACUCCACCUUCUGGAGUGAUGCCUACAUCUAUAAUGAGCACUCCAUCCUCUGAAGAGAUGUCCACACCAUUGAUGCUAGCCCCAGAUCCUGGAGAGAUAUCCCCACUCCUAAUGCCAGAUAUAAACCCCGGAGUGAUAUCCACACAGCCAAUGUCAGCUCCAGGCUCUGAAGCAAUGUCACCACUGCAAAUUACAGAUGAAGACACUGAAGCAAUGUCCAAAGUAUUAAUGACUGCCCUGGCCUCUGGAGAGAUAUCUUCACUGAUAAUGUCAGGCACAGACUCUGAAGCUAUAUCUUCAUUGAUAAUGUCAGCCCUAGCUUCUGAAGCAACGUCAACCCAUCCAACAAGCACCCAAGACUCUGGAGAAAUGACUACCCAGAUAAUGACAGGUCCAGACUCUGGAGCAAUGUCUUCACUGCUAAUGUCAACUCCAGGCUCUGGAGCAAUGUCCACAACACUCCAGUCAGGUCCAGAUGCUGGAGAAAUGUCCACGUUGCCAAAGCCAGUCCCAGAUGCUGAAGCAAUGUCCCCAAUGCUAAUGAUGCCCAUAACGUCUAGAGUGAUGCCCACCCAGCUAAUGCCAGCCCAAAGCUCUGGAGUGAUGUCCUCCCAGUUAACACAAAAUAUAGACUCUCAGAUUAUGUCUACUCCACAGAUGAGAGCAACAGCACCUGGGGGGAUUUCCACACUGCCAGUGAGAACUUCAGACUCUGGAGCAAUGUCCACACCACAAAUGAGAGCCCAGGCCUCUGGAAAUAUGUCUACAUUGCGAAAGAUGGUCUCAGACUCUGGAGCAUUGUCCACCCCACUGAUGAUGGCCACAACCUCUGGAACAAUGUCCACAGAGCAAAUGUCAACCACAGCCUCUAGAGUGAUGCCCACACAUGUAACAGUGGCCAGAACUUCUGGAACAACAUCCACAGGCUUUAUGAAAACCACAAACAAUGGGGCAAUGUCUACACUGCAAAUGAGAGCCCCAGUUUCUGGAAUGAUGUCCUUGCCUCUAAGGAGAGCUCCAGAUUCUGGAGCAAUGUCCACACAGCCAAUUGCUGCCCCAGCCUCUGAAACUGUGUCCAUGCUACAACCGGCAGCCCCAACCUCUGGGCCAAUGUCCACACUGCAAAUGAGAACCCCUGUCCCUGGAGCAAUGUCCAUGUCACAAAGGAGAGUCAUAGCCUCAGGAGUGACAGCCAUGCCACAAAUGAGAGCCCCAGCUUCUGGAGCAAUGUCCACAGUGUUAACAAGAGACACCGCCUCAGGUGUGAUGCCCAUGUCACAAACGAGAGCUAUGGCCUUGGGAGAACUGUCCAAGCCCUUAAUGACAUCGAAAGCCUCAGAAGCAAUAUUCAUGCAGCAAGUGACUACCACAGCUUCUGGAGGGAUAUCCACACUACUAAUGAAUGACAAAGCUUCUGGAGCCAUGUCCUUGCCACAGAUGACAAACACUGCCUCUGCACCGCUAAUGAGAGCCCAUGCCUCUGGAGACAUGUCCACACCACAAAUGACAACUGUAGCCUCUGGAACUAUGUCUAUGCCUGUAAUGAGAGCCCCAGGCCCUGGAGCAAUGCCCACAGAACUAAUGAGAGCCAAAGCCUCUGGAAAGAUGCCCAGACAGCCAAUGAGCACCCAAGACUCCAGGUCACGCCUGAGAUCUAUGACCUCUGGAGGGGUGUCCCCACUGCAGAUGCAAGCCCCAGCCUCUGAAAUGAUGUCCACACCAAAACUGAGAGCCCCGGCCUCUGGGGAGAUGUCCCCACCACUAAUGAGACAGCCAGCUUCUGGAGAGAUAGUCACUCCUCUGAGACCCCCAGCUUAUGGAGAGAUGUCUACUCCACAAAUGACAGCCAUAGCCUCUGGAGGGUUGUCCAUACCACAAAUGAGGGCUUCGGCCUCUGGAACCAUGUCCACACGGCUCAUGAGAUCCACAGCCUCUGGAGUGAUGUCCACGCCUCAGAUGACAACCUCAGCCUCUGGAAAGGUGUCCAUUCCACUGAUGAGAGCCCCAACCUCUGGAACAAUGUCUACACCACAAAUGAUGACCACGGCUUCUGGAGAGAUGCGCACACAAUCAAAGCCAACUCCAGCCUCUGGAGUGACAUCCCCACCACUGUUAAGGGCUCCAGUCUCUGGAAUUAUGUCCACACCACUAAGGAGACCUUCAGCUUCUGAAGAUGUGUCCACAGAAUCAAUGCGAGUUCCAGCCUGUGGAAAGAUGUCCACUGCACAAACAACAGCAAUGGACUCUGGUGGGAAGCCCAAGCCAUUCGUAAGAACCACAGCCUCCGGAACAAUGCCUAUGCCAUUUAUGUCAGCCAUGGCUCCUGGAGAGAUGCCUAUGCCACUAAUGGAAAGCAUGGCCUCUGGAGCAAUGCCCACACUGCAAACAAGAGUCACAAGUUCUGCAUCUAUGUCUUUGCCACAAAAAACAUACUCAACUUUAGGAGGGAUACCUGCACCACCAAUGAGAGCCUCAGCUUCUGAAGCAAUGCCCACACCACUUAUGAGAGCCUCAGCUUCUGGAAUGAGGUCUAUGCCACUUCUGAGAGCCACAGCCUCUGGAGGGAUGACCAUGCCACAAAUGACAGCCACGGCCUCUGGAGGACUAUCCACACCACUAAUGAGGGCCUCAGUCCCAGGAGCCAUGUCCACUCCACAAAUGGCAGCCACAGGCUCUGGAAUGAUGCCCACUGUGGACAUAAAAGUCACAGACUCUGGAGAAACAUCUGCCUCUCACAAUAACACCACGACCUCUGGAUCAAAGCCCACAACACAUGCGACUGCCACAACCCCCGAAACAGUGAAGCCACCACCAAAGGAAGUUCCAUCCUUUGGCAUGCUAACCCCAGCACUCUGUUAUCUCUUAGAAGUGCAAGAAGCAGCCCGGCGUUCAAGCUCUGAGGAGGAGGAGGAGAUGGAGAUUGACGAGGAGAAGCAAAUGAAGGGAUUUUUGAAUGAUUCAGAGAAAAUGGCAUUUCUGGUGUCUCUUCAUCUGGGGGCAGCAGAAAGGUUGUCCAUCUUGCAGCUGGAGGUAGGAAACCCCAUCUCAAAUGAAAAUAAAUCUUUCCUGAAAAGAUCACAGGGCUUAUAUGAUUCCCUCUCUGAGGUAGACAUUCUCAGUGCUAUUCUUUGCCACCCCAAGCAGGGCCAGAAGUCAGUCAGGCAGUAUGCCACUGACUUCCUUUUGCUGGCCCAACAUUUGUCUUGGUCUGAUGCCAUUCUACAAACCAGGUUUCUGGAAGGACUCUCGGAAGCUGUUACCACCAAAAUGGGACGGAUCUUCCUGAAGGUGGCUGGCAGCUUAAAGGAGCUGAUAGACAGGUCUCUCUACAUUGAGCUCCAGCUGGCUGAAGAGAAGUAUUCCCGGGGCACCUCAAGCCAGGUUCUGCAGUCAACCUGUAAGCGGAAUAAUGAAGAGGCAAUGGAGAAUGAAAUGAACUCUCAUCAGCAGACUGAGGAGCACCAGCAUGUUCCCAAACGCUGUUACUACCUGAAAGAGCAUAGAGACCCCCAAGAGGGUCUACAGAACCACCUUCGACAGAGCGCAGGUCAUCAGAAGUCCUCCACCAACAAGUAAUGUUCCCUGGACUCUUCUGUGAUAUCUGACUCGGCUGCUAACUUGAGGACUGGUUCCUGAAAUCAUUCCAUUUAAUUACAUCAUAAACCUUGUGGCCUUCCCCCUUGAGCCUUCCCCUCUUUUACCCCAUAUGCCUGUGACUUGCCCCGACAAUCAAAGUGUGGACUUCAAAAGUGUUUGGUGUAUGAAGUUCUAAACUCCCAUCACCAUCAAGGCCAGUUUUAGUUCUUGGUCCAGGGAGACAUCUAGGCAGGAGAAACCAUAUCCUACCUCAAAAA